CGACUUCUCCGACGACUACAACCCCUCCGACCAGUCCUUUAGAAAAGCAAGAAAUGAUUGCAACGACAGCUGCAGAUCAAAGCGAGAGUGCACUCAAUGUUUCUUUAGCCGCAACGCCAAGGAUUGAUAAAAUGACUGAAAAAACACAUCCAAAUCCUAAAAGUAUUCCCGACGAAGACAUUCCCAGUGUUUCCUCUGAACCAAUUUCUAGUCAAACCCUAUUGAGUCGCCAAUCGAGUGAGUCGUCCAACACAUCCAUGAGAACUACUCAAUGGAGCCCAUCAUCUGAAUGGAUCAACUCAUGGAAACAGAAGCUUCCGUUGCAGACAAUUAUGCGUAUGCUUCAGGUUCUGGUACCACAAGUGGAGAAGAUGUGUAUUGACAAAGGAAUCACUGACGAGAACGAGAUCCUCAAAUUCUUACAACACGGAACACUUGUGGGACUCCUACCGGUUCCGCAUCCCAUACUAAUCAGGAAAUAUCAGACUAACGCCGGGACCACACUUUGGUUCCGCACAUACAUGUGGGGAGUGGUAUACCUGCGGAACAUUGAGCCUCCCAUUUGGUACGACACUAAUGUCAAGCUCUUUGAAAUACAAAAACUAUAAACUUUUCGAUCAAAUCUCGAGAUCUGUUUAAGAGAAAAGUAGACAAUUGUUUGGACACAUAUUUGAUGGCAUUUUCGUAACAUUCCUUAACUCAACCAAACUUUCCAAAUGAGCACAAAAUUAUGAAUGCAUUUAAAUUACCGGUAUUUGUAUUACAGUAUUAUUGUUCACAUUCCAGUCAUGAGUCGAUCUAAGUCUCGACUUUUAAUACAUUUUAAAUUAAUUUAAGUUUUAAUAUAUCGUCCGUUUCUUAUCCAAUGUAUUGAAGUCAUUGUUCUCCCGA